AUGCGAUAUGCACGUCGUUCACAAACUCAUCAUCAUACGCACUGCAGGACGAGACGGGACUGUCUGAGGAAAACCACACGCACGCCGGCGCCGAACGCUUACGCCUUGUCCACUACCAUCGGCAACCAGGCGCCCGACAUGCCGUCCGCGCCCAUGUACACGAUUUCCGGGCGGUCGGCCGAACCAGGACGCGGGGGCGUCGGCAGGCGGGGAGCGGCGUGGUACUCGUCACCGGGACCGGCGCGGUACUCGGCCGUCGCGCUGGACCGUUUCAAAAACCAGACUCCCCGGCCCGUGAUGCUCGGCAGCGUCAAUCAGCGGACGCGCGGAAAACGCACACCCGCGCCCAACGCUUACUUCCCCGCCCCCGGCCCGGCGUCCCGUUACGCCAACGCGCCGCAGUUCUCAAUCGGCGGCCGUAUAACGACCCGUGCCAAUCCGUACUACACGGCCGCCGACAAGGUGCCCGACUGGGAAUGA